AUGAGAGAUGUGCAAGCCGGAGUCAAGGUUAGUGCUUUCAACAGCUCUCGUCGGAAGGAAUUCCUUGACGAGUGCACACUACUGCUGAGUCUUGUUCUCGCUGCUAAGUCAGUGGUUACGUACGGACGGAUGCCCAUGGACGACAUGGACGACUCACUCAUGUUCAUGCAGUGGGCGGUGAGCACGCUGCAGCACGAGGAGGAUCAAGGAGGAGCCGACGAGAACCGGGCUGGCUUCGCAUGCCUCCAGGCGCUCCCGGAGCUCCCGGAAGCACACAAGAGGCAGAGCUCCGGCGCGGAUACCCGCCGCUGUGGGGGGCUCAUCAGUCCAUCCCCUGAUGCAGCCAUGCAGCAAGGCAGCAAUUCCACGUUGACGUCGUUCCCGGCCUCGGGCAGUAUGAGCAGUACCGGCGCCACCUACACCCACUCCAUGAGCUGGAACUUCAACGCGGCCCAGCCGUCCAGCGUGGGCGGUGGCACACAGGCCGCCAGAGCGCCGCUUCGUUCCGGCGUGUCACAGCCGACGAGGAGGGCCGUCGCAAGGAAAGUCGCCGCCUGCGCACAAGGCCACAUCAUGGCGGAGCGGAAGCGCCGGGAGAAGACCAACCAGCGCUUCAUCGAGCUCUCUGCCCUCAUCCCCGGCCUCAAGAAGAUGGACAAGGGGACGAUUCUUAGCAACGCAACGAGCUAUGUGAAAGAGCUACAAGAGAAAGUCAAGUCCCUGGAGGCGGCGGGCGGCAGCCAUAGGAGCGUCGAGACCGUGGUGCUCGUCAAAGAGGGGUCCCCUUUGUUCUACUCGGCAGACCGGACGGCGGCGAGCAGCCAGCUGCUGCCCGAGAUCGAGGCAAAACUUUCAGGGAACAAGGUGAUGUUGAGGAUCCAUUGUGAAAUAAAUGGGAAGGGUCUGGUCGCCAGGGUUCUUGCGGAGUUGGAGGAGUUCCACCUUCGCGUCGUCCACAAUAAUGUGAUGCCGUUCACGCAGUCCACUGUGAUUAUAACCACCAUGGCAAAGGCAAGUUCUCAUGAACAGAUUUAUGAUAGUACUCACUCUGAUUCAAAAUUUGGUUGUAAAACUACGACACGUACCUUGAAAAGAGGGUAG